UAGAUAAGUAACUUUGAGGUUAUGUUAAAUUUUUGUUAUUUAUAUUUCAAAUAUUAAUUUGCGCAUUUAAAACACGAUGAAGUGAUUUUUGGAUUUAACAAAACGAAAUGUUUCGCCUUAUAUUUAUUUUGGUGUUAUUGAAUUUCGUUUUGGUGAAUUGUAAAAAUUGUGAUGAACAUUGUUUUUCCGAUUCAUCUAAACCAUGCGAAAAAGUUAACGAACCAAAAUGUUUUAUUUCAACAAUUUGCCAAAAUGCUGUUGUUUGUUGUCGAUUAAACGACAAUUUAGAUGAAUAUUUAGUUUCGGAUAAUAUAACAUUUAGUACAAAAAACAUCAAUUAUUUACAUAUCCUUAAUUCUAAUUUUAACAACUUUACGUUAAGUAUGAGUAAAUGGUUGAAAAAUUUAAAAUCAUUAGCUGUUACAAAUGGUCGGCUGAAACAAUUUAAUCCAAUUUUGAAGAAAAUGUCGCCUUUGGAAUGUUUAAAUUUAUCUUCAAACAGUUUAACAACUGUUGGUAGUUUAAAAUAUGCAGGAAAGUUAAGAACGUUAGAUUUGUCGAAUAAUAGUCUACCGGACAUUCCUGAUGAAAUACCACAAACUUCACCAAAUAUUAAAAUUGAUAUAUCAGAUAACCAAUUAUCCUGUGAUAAUUUAUCAAAAGGAUUAAAAUCAUCAAAAUAUAAAAAUUUAGAUUUUGAAAAUCCAAAUAACACAUGGUGUAUAUUAACGAAAAAUAAACAAAUUUGGAUUGACUAUCCAGGACGAUUGUCAUUAUCAGCAUUAGAAAAAUUAAGUGAAAAUCAGACAAAUUGUGCUAUUCCUAAUUGUAAAUGUGGAAUACAUCGUGUGGAUACAUCAAACUCAAAAUUAUGGACUACUGUUGAUUGUUCAAACGCUAAGUUACAAGAAUUACCAAAACUUUUACCUGAAAAUUGUUUCUCUUUAAAUGUAUCUUAUAACAAUAUAUCUUCAUUAAAAGGUAUACAUAAUCCAUCCUACGAUAGUUUAUCAGAACUUGACGCUCAACACAACCUUAUAACAUCAAUUGAUGAUUUAGAAGGAUCCAAAUUUAUCGAUAACUUUAGGCGAUUAGAUUUACGAAAUAAUUCUAUAACAUCAAUAUCAACCCAUCCUUUUAGAUUUGAUCGAGCUUCGCAAAAAGAAUUAAGCUUAGGUUACAAUUACAUUGAAUGCGAUUGUAACGUGGCUAAAACUUUAAAGGAAUGGUUACGUAUCAAUGAUAAAGAUAUCAAGGAUAAAGAAGAAGUUUUUUGUAAGGGUAAACUUGGGAAAGUGAUUGAUUUAGAUCCGAGCGAAUUAUGUAGAAAAGAUCCAAGUUUAACCGAUUACAUUUAUUAUAUAAUAGCAGCAGAAGUUUUACUUUUAACUUUAUUGAUUGCCAAAGUUUCUUAUGAUUAUUGGGUUUUCAAAGGAACCGGAUAUUUGCCUUGGCCAGCGAGUAAAAUGCCAAAAUUACCAUGCGAUUGGCUCUGUGAAUAACAUUAAUUAAAUUAUAUCAUGUGUUUUUAUUUAUUUAAAAAUGGUUGUGCUUAAAUUGUUUAAGAAGAUAUAAAAAUGGAAUUUUUUUUAAAUGCGUUGUAAAAUGUGCCUUAAUGUAAUGUAAAUUACGUAAUAAAAAAUAAGUUAUAUUUA